AUGCCAAGAGGAUCUUUUGAUCAAAUUACUGAAAAAGAUUCCAAUGUUACUUUGGUGCGGUACAAUGAUCACAACGUUGUCACCGUGGCGUCAACAGCAUGUGGAGUCGAGCCUGUUGGUAAAGUUCGUCGCUGGAGUGCUGCUGAGAAGAAACAUACAAGUGUCAACCAAACAUCAUGUGUUGUAAUGCACAAUCAGUAUAUGGGCGGCGUAGACAGACUCGAUGAAAAUGUUUCAAAACUGCGAAUUGGAGUUCGUGGCAAAAAGUGCUAUUGGCAGUUGCUCAUGUUUCCAAUAAAUGUAUCGAUUAACAAUGCCUGGAUUCUUUUCCGUUGGACAAAUACCUACAAGGACAAACGAUUGGAUCUUCUUUCUUUUACAAGAGAAAUCUCACUGACAUACCUCAUAUCACAUUCAACUCGUUUGACAUUAGGAAGACCACUUCAAAAUGUGUCUGCAGUGGACAAACGAGUCACCAAGGCAGUUCGACAUGUUGGACCUCCUCUGACGGGUGUGGACUCUAUAUUCCAGGAGGUCUGUUACAUAGUGUCAGCGUUCAGGACGCUGCACUAA